AUGACUGCGGGUGUCUCCCCGUCCAGCUCCCCGCGACUUCCCAGUCCACCUCCCUUUACAGAAGUCCAGAUCGGACCUCAAUCGCCUUCCGUGGGCGAGUCAUCUGGCAAAGAUGCCGAGUUUUUUCUAAGCGCCGGCGAGGACGAUGGCUCGACGCGCAGGAUUCGACCGGGCACCAAGACUGCUGACAUGGCAUUUGGGCCGCCGCUGAUACCUUUGUCGCAGCUUGACUCUCCUUUCCAACUACAGGAGCACCUCAAGGCGUUGUACAACCACUUCACCAAACCUGAAGGAUCAGACACGGUCAUCCCGAUCAACCGCGAAGUCGCGCUUCAGCUUGCCGAGCCCCCGGAGGGUGUUGACCGAUCACUAUGGCUUUACGAGCUGUGCCGCUUUCUUACGAUGAAAGUCAAUAACCUCGUCAUCGCUUUCUUCGCCGAGAACCCACCGUGCUCUGCGCAGACCUGCCCUGAGAUGCGCGCGUCCGAAUGGCAGUAUCUCUGCGCCGUGCAUGACCCGCCUAAGUCGUGCUGUGCGAUCGACUAUUGCUGCCACACCCUCGACUGGGCUACGAACACCCUUACCUCACCUAAGUACUUCCCUAGUCGGCUCACGCUAGGCUCCGAUGCUGCCGGGGGCCCGCAAGCUAGCAUGAGACACCUCACCAACAUCUUCCGCCGAUUGUAUCGAAUCUUUGCACAUGCCUGGUUCCAACAUCGUGAUGUAUUCUGGGAAGUGGAAGGUCAUGAUGGUCUGUAUAUUUUCUUUAAGACGGUUUGCGACCUGUUCAGUCUGAUUCCGGAAGACAACUAUACCAUACCUCUUGAGGCGGAAGGCUCGGAUGCUGUACUGCCAGAGGACGAUGAGCCGGUCGAGAGAAAGCGUCUGACUAUCCUACGCAAGGAUAAUGAAGCCCCCUUCGCGGGCGGUGCGGAGGUCAUGGACUCGUCGAUUAGCACCGGUGCUACCACACGCCGCCAUAAGCAUAGUCCAUCAACUGGUUCACGCGUCACGACGAUUGCAGAGAGUGCGGAAGAUUCAGAGGAACCUCUGCAAUCUGCUGCCCCGCUCCGAGAAAUCAUGAAAGAUUCGCCCGAACACCUGCUGGUGCCUCAAUCGGCCAAAAAUGCCGAGAACGGACAAGACACUCCUGUUGAGGCGGCCCUUCCAAUUGCUGCAGGGAAAGCCACCGAGUCGACCGAAUCGACUUCAGGGGUACAAGAAGAGGCUCCCGAAGAGGUGCAACAAGUCGCCAAUCCGCAGGCGGAUGAAGAGGUACCUAAGCCCGAAGAGGCUGAACCUCAAGGUGGCGAUGAUAUCAGCACCGGAGAGCCUACCGAGUCUGCUGCUGAUGAGGCUACCGAAGAACCCACCGGUCCUACCGAGGCUUCCCUCGAGGAAGUCACAGAGGCCACCACCGGGUCCGCCGAGCCUAUUGAAAAUGCUUCGGAAAGUAAAGAUGUUGCUGCCGACCACGAUCUCAAGGAAUCCGAAUCGAAGCUGGAAGAAAAGGCAGACUCCUAA